AUGUUCCAGGAUGCUUCAGUAGCUUCUAGGGAGUUACAGGACAUUAAAGCAUUUAUUGACAUGUUCCAGGAUGCUUCGGUAGCUUCCAGGGAGUCACAGGACAUUAAAACACCUACUGACAUGUUCCAGAAUGCAUCAGUAGCUUCUAGGAAGUCACAGAACAUUAAAUCACCUACUGAUAUGUUCCAGGAUGCAUCAAUAGCUUCUAGGAAGUCCAGGGGGGACUUUGAAAGCAUAUUGAAAGGGGUUCCAGAGAUGACUCUUCCUGUUCGCAUGAACGUAAUCAAGAACGCCAGAAGACAAAAAAUGAGGUUCGGUGUUCAGAAGGGUGGUGCUGUUACUGGACAUUACUGUCUUUACUUACCCUUGUGUUCGAGGAAUGAACCAGUGUUUCCUGCUCACUGUACACCAUCGCUAUGCCAGAGACUCAGAGAAAGUGCGUUCAAUGGUGCCACUAACGUCUUCACCUCCAUCCACACACUCGACAUGAAGUUCAUCAAUCUUGACAGAAAUGGAGAGUUCCACCUGGCUACACUAGUGUCGUCUCUGGCUGGCGUCUCCUGGUACCACCUUCUUCAUCCUGAGAACAUGAGAGAAGCACAGACCAAACACCGCCUCAUUACUACGAGUGAGCAGGACAGGUCCUGUAUCCUGCUGGUGCGUCUACAGGCCGCCGGGGGCACCUGGCGUUGGGUACAUAGUGUCUUACAGGUUAAGGAUGCUGCUGACUCCAGCCAGCAGCCAGUGAUCGUGGCCACCAACCAGGUUCUAGGAGAGAAGGAAGCAGCAGUGUUAAGAGCUAACUCUUGGCUCUAUCACUACUACACUAUGCAGUCCAAACUUCAGUACGGCAUCGCUUAUGAUGCCCACGCUCAACGCGUUCAUGCUUACUACCCCCAGGUCAUGACCUACCAGGGUGAUGUUGCUGCAGCUGCUGCAGCUGCUGCCGCUGCUGCCGCCGCUUCCUCCUACAUGAGCACAGCUUCCCUCAACAGCGGGGCUUACCACCAGGGGUACGGUGCCCCUACAGCACAUCACGCCCCUUACUCCCUCUCCACGCCUUCUUCGUACGCCCACCUCCAGCACUACCACCACCACUACUCCGUCAGACUCCAGCAUGGGCUGGAGUACUCCCGCGACCCAACCUGGAGUUAUUACGAUACUCCUCACACUGCCUCCCACACUGCCUCCCAUACUGCCUCCCACACUGCCUCUCACACUGCCCAUGCUAGCACCCACACCAUCCCACAUGCUACAACCCACGCCUCUACACCCCAGUCCCACACAAGUAACACACACGCCCACACAGGCAACACACACGCCCACUCGAGUAAUACACACGCCCACACGAGCAACACCCACGCCCACUCGACACAAGCUCGGGCCGCCCGCUCGUCGGAGUCCCCGACGGAGACAAAGCGGAAGUCUCCCCCGACUUGCGGGUCCCGACAGGCGGGUAGCGAGAGUGGCGGAGUGGCGGUAGCGACGCCCGUGGCGGUGCGGGCAGCACCGGCGGCGGUGCACAAGGGGGCGGCAUCCCCAGAGCUGGAGCAGCACCUUGAGGUACCUUGGAAGGCCUCACCGACGCAGGAAGUGCCGGAGUACCCAGAGUACGCCACCUACAUCACGCCUCCGUACUCUGCUGCCACACCCACCAAACUUAAUGUCUUCACCUUCGACGCCCGUGACGCCCACGACGCCUCCCACCGCAACCACCACGCCCAUCACCACGCCCACGACCACCACCACCAUGACCACCAUGUGCCUUCAGGGCCCCAGGACCCCAGAGAAGUGCCAUGGUGCGCCCAUACUUUUGUCAGGUGUGAUCAGUCAUGUUAUUAA